AUGCUUCCCCGUAGCAAUGACGGACCGCCAGUCAUUAUGGUCAGCCAAGUCGAGGCUGAUGAACAUCGUUCACCAGUGAAGAAGUCGACUGAGAAAUACAAGUAUGACGGUGAUGGCCUCGUACCAAUCGAAGACAAGUCUGAUGACCUGGGGAAACAACUGCGAGAAUAUAGCGUAGAAGGUAUAAAUGGCCAGUUUUGGACUGACAAGUUGCUGCGACACAUUCUGAAUAGGGAGCGGAUCAGAGCUGAACUACAACGUCCUGAACAUAACUUCAAGAAGCACCAAGUCGACAGCUACGUUGACAAAAUCCAUCCGCGAGGCAUAGCCCCCUCAGCAGACCGAAGUCCACUCGGAACGUUCCUUAAGGUCUUCGCACUCCUCGUAUUACAAGAACGCUGCGGGGAUUUCGGCCAUUUUGUAAAGGCCGGAUUCAACGACGAAAAGCUACCUAUCAGGAUUGAGAACAACAACACCGUCUAUCCUCUUAAAGGGCCUGAUGUACCCCUUGCGUGCUUCAACGGCUGGAGGACCGCGGACAAGGAAUAUUUUGAAUCGUACCAAUGGCGAAUCAACACACCAUAUUUCAGCUCAACUGAGGGCGAGCCUUUGAAAGAACUCCAGCUAGACAAGGGCACUCAAAGGCCCUGGCGCCGGUCUCUGAAAGAGCUGAGCGGCCCCCCUAUUGAGCACUCAGACAAUGCGGGAGCCUUUGGAGCUGUAACUCGAGUCGACAUCCACCCAACGUCACACUCAUAUCAGCGGCUAUUGACAGGUAUCAACUUGGACUGCACAAAGUUUGCAAUUAAAACCCUUCACAUCACGGGCCAUGACAUUGAGUCGAAAUUCAAAGAAGAGUGGGAAAUGCUCAAGCGAUUUAGCGGACAUACUCAUCCUCACUUGGUAACCGUUCUGUGUGCUUUCAGCUGCGAUGAAGAAAAAAGCUUCAUUUUUCCAAAUGCGACUUGUGACCUGAGCGAGUAUCUGGAAAAGAAUGAGCCCCCAAAACAACAGAAUGGAACACUUUGGAUAUCCAAUCAACUCGUGGGACUGAUGGGUGCCCUCGAUACUAUUCACAACCCGAGGCACCUGCACCAGGGAGUAACACAGCGCUAUGGGAGACACGGUGACAUCAAGUGCGACAACAUUCUCUGUUUCAAGAGGUCAGGGACUCAAAACGACGUGGUUCUUGUUAUCUCUGACUUCGGACUUUCAGCCUUCAACAGUGACAAGAGUCGCUCAAAUAUUCCUAACAAGAAUGUCCCCCCGGUUCCAGGAUAUCGGCCACCAGAGUGUGACAUUGAGGGAGGUACUAUAUCGAGAGCGUUUGACGUCUGGACACUCGGAUGCUUGUAUCUAGAACUCAUCACUUGGUUCUUAGGAGGAGGUAAAUACGUCGAACAAUUUAGCAAGAAGAGAACGACUAUAUUCAUAAAUGGCUCAAACAACGACAUCUUCUUUACUCUCAAAAGUGGCAAGAAGAAAGGGACAUAUGUGGCACAGGUUAAACCCGAGGUUACCGAAUGGAUUCUGCUGCUCCAUCAGCAUCCAAACUGCUCCGAGUUUUUGCACGAUGCACUGGACGUUGUUGAGCAAGAGAUGUUAGUGGUUCUGUCGGCUGAUAUCAAACGAUCUCCAUCUGGAAAGCUCCGGGAAGAAUACGAAAGGCUAUCUCAGAAAUGCAACUCAAGACCCGGCUACACACAGGGAAGACCAUGGGGAGAUGAGAAAUUGGAGAUUGCUCGCAAACGAAUGUCGGAACUCAACAUCGCUGUUGAGGCAGUCCCCAACGAGAAUGCAGAGGCACUAAUUAGAAAAUUCCCGUCGCAAUUACCAAUUCACGAGGGGAAAAUCAGGAAGUCUUUGCGAACUGCAGAAUUGGAGAAUAUUGAUAACAGGUGA